AAACCCAUCCUGCUACAGGGCCAUGAGAGGUCUAUCACACAGAUCAAAUAUAACCGAGAGGGAGACCUGAUCUUCUCUGUGGCCAAAGACACGGUGAGAAAUGAUACACGGAAGAAUGCCGUGUAUAUAGAAACAAGACUUGUGACUCAUAGGGCCGGGACCAUACGAAUAUCGCGAUACUCAUAAGUGUCGUGGCAAGGAAACAAAGCGGAUUUAACUUCUUUAGGAAAACAGUCCUAAUGUUGGAAACAAACAUGUUGUCAUCCAGAGUCACAUGUAUUUAUUUUCCAAGCUGUAGCGGACAAUAUUUUACAUACAGCUGUUUUUUUUUUUUUUUUAAAGGACCAAAGAGUUUGCUCUGCUUCGUGUUUUUCAUUUUUGCCGUGAGAUACUAGUAUCGUCCCAGCCUUAGUAACUCACCUCCAUUCAUUUCCAUUCCUAAUUCACUCCGGUUGUCAGAAUGAGGGAUUACAUCUGACAACUGAAUGUAAGUAUGUGUCAUUUGUUUGUUCAAAGGUAGCGAACGUGUGGUACUCUGUGAACGGGGAGAGGCUCGGCACUUACAAUGGACACACUGGAGCUCUGUGGUGUGUUGACUGUGACUGUAUCCUUUACAUUAGGCAUCUAACAGGGCAAUGGACCAUUCUAGAAUUUGUGUAUGUUACAUGUACAGUGCAUUCGGAAAGUAUUCAGACCCCUACACUUUUUCCACAUAAAAUGGAUUAAAUUGUUUUUUUUUUACCCCCCUCAUCAAUCUACACACAAUACCCCAUAAUGACAAAGCAAAUGUAUUAAAAAUACAAAACUGAAAUAUCACGUUUACAUAAGUAUUCAGACCCUUUACUCAAUACUUUGUUAAAGCACCUUUGGCAGCGAUUACAGCCUCAAGUCUUCUUGGGUAUGAUUCUACAAGCUUGGCACACCUGUAUUUGGGGAGAUUCUCCCAUUCUUCUCUGCAGAUCAUCUCUGUCAGGUUGGAUGGGGAGCGUCGCUGCACAGCUAUUUUCAGGUCUCUCCAGAGAUGUUCGAUCGGGUUCAAGUCCGAGCUUUGGCUGGGCCACUCAAGGACAUUCAGUGACGUGUCCUGAAGCCACCCCUGCAUUGUCUUGGCUGUGUGCUUAGGGUUGUUGUCCUGUUGGAAGGUGAACCUUCGCCCCAGUCUGAGGGCUCUGGAGCAGAUUUUCAUCAAGGAUCUCUCUGUACUUUGCUCUGUUCAUCUUUCCCACGAUCCUGACUAGUCUCCCAGUUCCUGCUGCUGACAAACAUCCCCACAGCAUGAUGCUGCCACCACCACCAUGCUUCACCGUAGGGAUGGUAUUGGCCAGGUGAUGAGCGGUGCCAGGUUUCCUCCAGAUGUGACACUUGGCAUUCAGCCCAAAGAGUUCAAUCUUGGGUUCAUCAGACCAGAGAAUCUUGUUUCUCAUGGUCUGAGAGUCCUUUAGGUGCCUUUUGGUAAACUCCAAGCGGGCUGUCAUGUGCCUUUUACUGAGGAGUGGCUUCCAUCUGGCCACUCUACCAUAAAGGCCUGAUUGGUGGAGUGCUGCAGAGAAGGUUGUCCUUCUGGAAGGUUCUCCCAUCUCAACAGAGGAACUCUGGAGCUCUGUCAGAGUGAUCAUUGGGUUCUUGGACACCUCCCUGACCAAGGCCCUUCUCCCCCGAUUGCUCAGUUUGGCCGGGCGGCCAGCUCUAGGAAGAGUCUUGGUGGUUCCAAACUUCUUCCAUUUAAGAAUGAUGGAGGCCACUGUGUUCUUGGGGACCUUCAAUGCUGCAGUAUUUUUUAGGUACCGUUCCCCAGAUCUGUGCCUCGACACAAUCCUGUCUCGGAGCUCUACGGACAAUUCCUUCGACCUCAUGUCUUGGUUUUUGCUCUGACAUGCACUGUCAACUGUGGGACCUUAUAUAGACAGGUGUGUGCCUUUCCAAAACAUGUCUAAUCAAUUGAAUUUACCACAAGUGGACUCCAAUCAAGUUGUAGAAAUAUCUCAAGGUUGAUCAAUGGAAACAGGAUGCACCUGAGCUCAAUGUCGAGUCUGAUAGCAAAGGGUUUGAAUACUUAUGUAAAUCAGGUAUUUCAGUUUUUAUUUGCUGGGGAAAAAAUCUGAGAACCUAUUUUCGCUUUGUCAUUAUGGGGUAUUUUGUGUAGAUUGAUGAGGGGGGGGGGGGGUAAUUUUAAUCCAUUUUAGAAUAAGGCUGUAAUGUAACAAAAUGUGGAAAAAGUGAAGGGGUCUGAAUGUGAUGUUUCUAUAGGUGUCAUUGAGUGUUGGGGAUACAGGGGGUAGGUAUUCUGGGGUUAGGAUCCUGUGUUUGGGGUUAAAGGGGGUAGGUAUUCUGGGGUUAGGAUCCUGUGUUGGGGUUAAAGGGGGUAGGUAUUCUGGGGUUAGGAUCCUGUGUUGGGGUUAAAGGGGGUAGGUAAUCUGGGGUUAGGAUCCUGUGUUGGGGUUAAAGGGGGUAGGUAAUCUGGGGUUAGGAUCCUGUGUUGGUUACAGGGGGUAGGUAUUCUGGGGUUAGGAUCCUGUGUUGGUUACAGGGGGUAGGUAAUCUGGGGUUAGGAUCCUGUGUUGGUUACAGGGGGUAGGUAAUCUAGGGUUAGGAUCCUGCUUGCAACCCUAAGGUUAUGGGCAACACGAGUUUACAGGGAGUAGGUAAUAGGGUUGUUGUGAGUUCACAGGGAGUAAAGGGGAGUGUAGGCCGUCAUUGUAAAUAAGAAUUUGUUCUUAACUGACUUGCCUAGUUAAUAAAGGGGGUAGGGAAUAGGGUUGUCCUUAACCAUGCUCUCAGGGGACACCAAGAAUGUGUUGACAGGAUCCGCAGACAACAGCUGUAGACUAUGGGACUGUGAGACGGGUACGUGUGUGUGUCAGUGUGUUUGUGUGAGUGUGUCAGUGUGUGUGUGUCAGUGUGAGUGUGUCAGUGUGUGUGUGUCAGUGUGCGUGUGUCAGUGUGAGUGUGUAGGAAAACAAGAUGGAGAAGCUAGUUGUCUGUGUGUGUGUGUUUUUAUACAUAUAGGUGUGUUAGUGCAUGAAUGUGUGGGACUGAGGAUUUGUGAACCACUUCCUGGCAUGGAACUGUGUGGUAUAACGCUUCCUCUCUCUCCCAGGUAAACAGCUAGCCAUGUUGAACACCAGUUCAGCUGUGAGGACCUGUGGCUUUGACUUCAGUGGCAACAUCAUCAUGUUCUCUACAGACAAGCAGAUGGGCUACCAGUGUUUCCUCAACUACUUCGACCUCCGCGACCCCCAGCAGAUCGGUAAGUAGUGUACAAAACAUCCCUUAGACAGCCUCUCUCACUCAUGGUGCUGUUCCUGUAUCUAACCAUAACCGUGAUCCUCAUCUGUUGACCUUUUGACCUUUGGCUGCGUCCCAAAUGGCACCCUAUUCCCUACAAUAGUGCACUACUUUAGAUCAGGGCCCAUAGGACUGUGGUUAAAAGUAGUGCACUAUAUAAAGAGCCUUCAAACUCAACUCUGGACAUCGACGCCAGUUCCGCUUCAUUUUUUUCGUCGUUCCCCUCUAAUCAGAGACUGAUUUUACACCUGUGACACCAGGUGGUGUAAUUAAUUAAACAGGUAGAACAGAAAAGCAGCAGGCUCCGGAGCUCGUAGGGUCAGAGUUGAACAGAAAAGCAGCAGGCUCCGGACCUCGUAGGGUCAGAGUUGAACAGAAAAGCAGCAGGCUCCGGACCUCGUAGGGUCAGAGUUGAACAGAAAAGCAGCAGGCUCCGGACCUCGUAGGGUCAGAGUUGAACAGAAAAGCAGCAGGCUCCGGACCUCGUAAGGUCAGAGUUGAACAGAAAAGCAGCAGGCUCCGGACCUCGUAGGGUCAGAGUUGAACAGAAAAGCAGCAGCUCCCGACCUCGUAGGGUCAGAGUUGAACAGAAAAGCAGCAGGCUCCGGACCUCGUAGGUCAGAGUUUGAAGCAGAAAAGCAGCAGGUCCGGACCUCGUAGGGUCAAGUUGAACAGAAAAUCAGCAGUCCGACCUCGUGUCAUUGACAGAAACAGCAGCUCGGACCUCUAGUCGAGUUGAACGGCACAGGCUCGACUCGUGGUCAGUUGAACAGAAAAGCAGCAGGCUCCGACUCGUAGGGUCAAGUUGAACGAAAACACAGCUCCGGACCUCGAGGGUCAGAGUUGAACAUCCGCCCUAGACCUUACCUGUGGUUAACAACGAAGACAGGAUGACCUCACUCGUAUGGGCUUUUGGAGCGUCAAAUUGCAGCCAUUCCUAAUCGAUGUAUAUUUAACAGCACAGCUUGUCUAGGGUGUUUCUCCCCCCUACGGUCUUCCCUAUCUUUCUCCGCCCCUGAGACGACCGUCUUUCUUCUGUACGUCAGAAACGCACUCUCGUGUCCUCUACGGUUUCAACACAGCUCGACCUCUAGUCUUGUACAACACGCUCGCUGUCUCUUCCCACACCUACACGCAGCUCUCGACCCAGGCUCCGUUCUUACCCACCUCUCACCUCGUAGUCAGUUGCAACCACUACCAGCCUCUCUCACCUAGUCCGAUUUACUACUAAGCCCAGCUCCGACCUCAGCGUCGGUCCUACAACGCACCCGGACGCUCUGUCUAAGUUGACUAUCCUCCCCACCUACCGCUUUCUCUCCCUAGCGUUCAUCUCCCCGACCUUUCUACUAAACCGCUCUCUGACCUCUAGCCCCCUAGGCUUUCCUCCUAAGCCAGCAUCUUCUCUGGUACCUCGUGGUCGAUCUCCCCACACCGCCUCUCCCUCUCGUUGACCAGCCCCCUCUCUUCAUCCACUAACGCUGCUUCUCUCCCCUCCAUAACCGCAGUCUUCCUGCCCUACCGUCUUCUCUCCCUCCACACCGCUCUUCUCUGCUUCCCCUACACCUCUCUUCCCCCUACCGUCUUCUCUCCCUACCGACCUCUUCUCUCCCUACGCCUCCCUACCUCUUCUCUCCCCCAUCCACCGCUCUUCUCUCCCCCUACCGUCUUUCUCUCCUCCCCCUACCGCUCUUCUCUCCCCCUACUCCUCUACCUCUCUCUUCUCUCUCCCACCCCUCUUCUCCUCCCCUCUCACCCCCCUCGCUCUUCUCUCCCUCCCUACCAGCCUCUUCUCUCCCCUCCGCUCUUCUCUCCCCUACCGCUCUUCUCUCCCUACCUCGCUCUUCUCUCCCUCUUUCUCUCCCCCUACCGUCUCUUCUCUCCCUACCCCCUACCGCUCUUCUCCCCCUACCGCUCUACUCUCCCCUACCGCUCUUCUCUCCCCCCUACCCGCUCUCUCUCCUCCGCUCUCUCUCCCCUACCGCUCUUCUCCUCUCCCCCUACCGCUCUUCUCUCCCUCCCCCCUUCACCCUACCUCUUCUCCCUCCCUACCGUCUCUCUCCCUACCUCUUCUCCCCUACCGCUCUUCUCUCCCCCUACCGCUCUUCCUCCGCCCCUCCUACCGUCUUCCUCCCCCUACCGCUCUCUCUCCCCCCUACCCCGUCUCUUCUCUCUCCUCCCCCCCUACCUACCGCUCUUCUCUCCCCCUACCGCUCUUCUCUCCCUACCGCUCUUCUCUCCCCCCCUACCGCUCUCUCUCCUCCUCUCUCACUUACCGGCUACCGUCUCCUACCUCUCUCUCCUCCCCCCUACACUCUCUCUCUCCCCUACUCUUCUUCUCCUCCCCCAAUCCGCCCCUCCCUCCCCACCUACGCUCUUCUCUCCCCCCCCUACCGCUCUUCUCUCCCCCCCUACCGCUCGUCUCUCCCCCACCCUACCGCUCUUCUCUCCCCCCCCUACCGCCCUUCUACCUCUGUCCCUCCCUGUAGAGGACAACCAGCCGUACCUGACGGUGCCCUGCCCUGAGUCUAAGAUCACCAGUGCUGUGUGGGGGCCUCUGGGAGAGUUUGUUAUCGCUGGUCACGAGAACGGAGAGAUCAACCAGUUCAGCGCCAAGGUGCCCACCCUGACACACCAGUAUUCAUAUUUCUGGAACACAGAAGGCCGAUGAACUGCAGACCUGAUAUCUAUAACAUGAUUAUACCGUCUUUGUUGUUGCAGUCUGGAGAGGUGCUGAAGAAGGUGAAGGAACACAACAAACAGAUCAAUGACAUCCAGACCUCUGUUGAUCUGACCAUGGUCAUCACCGCAUCUAAAGACUGCUCCUCUAAGGUUUGGAGGGUUGGAGGGUGGGAAGACGGAGGAAGAUGAUGAAGAGGAUGAUUGUGCUCUUGCUGACUCCAUUGCUGUCCUUGUCAAGCCAAACAUGACAAUGAUAAGACCAUGUUUUAACAAUGAGUGACAAGAAAUUGGCAUGAUCACGCGAACAGAGUGGCACUCAGGCUAGGAUAUAGGGGAGUGAGGUCUCGUUUGAACAGUUGGCUGACUAUAACAACCGUCUCCGUCUGUCUGUCUGUCUACCCCACAGCUGUUUGACUCUACAACUCUAGAUCACAUCAAGUCCUUCAAGACAGAGAGACCUGUCAACUCUGCUGCCAUCUCCCCCAUCAUGGACCACGUAAGACACCACACUCACUCACCUUUGAGACCCCUAUACAGUGCAUUCGGAAAGUAUUCAGACCCCUUGACUUUUUCCACAUUUAGUUACGUUACAGCCUUAUUCUAAAAUGGAUUUAAAUUAAUUUUUUACUCAAUCUACACACAAUACCCCAUAAUAACAAAGCGAAAACAGGUUGUAAGAUUUUUUUUGCAAAUUUAUAAAAAAUAAAAACAGCAAUACCUUAUUUAAAUAAGUAUUCAGACCCUUUGCUAUGAGACUUGAAAUUGAGCUCAGGUGCAUCCUGUUUCCAUUGAUCAUCCUUGAGAUGUUUCUACAACUUGAUUGGAGUUCACCUGUUGUAAAUUCAAUUGAUUGGACAUGAUUUGGAAAGACACUUGUCACACACACGUCACGUCUGGAGGAAACCUGGCACCAUCCCUACGGUGAAGCAUGGUGGUGGCAGCAUCAUGCUGUGGGGAUGUUUUUCAGCGGCAGAGACUGGGAGACUAGUCAGGAUCAAGGGAAAUAUGAACGGAUCAAAGUACAGAAAGAUCCUUGAUGAAAACCUGCUCCAGAGCGCUCAGGACCUCAGACUGGGGCGAAGGUUCACCUUCCAACAGGACAUCGACCCAAAGCACACAGCCAAGACAACGCAGGAGUUGCUUCGGGACAAGUCUCAAUGUCCUUGAGUAGCCCAGCCAGACCCCAGACUUGAACCCGAUCGAACAUCUCUGGAGAGACCUGAAAAUAGCUGUGCAGUGACGCUCCCCAUCCAACCUGACAGAGCUUGAGAGGAUCUGCAGAGAAGAAUGGGAGAAACUCCCCAAAUACAGGUGUGCCAAGCUUGUAGCGUCAUACCCAAGAAAACUCAAGGCUGUAAUUGCUGGAAAAGGUGCUUCAACAAAGUACUGAGUAAAGGGUCUGAAUACUUAUGGUAAUGUAAUAUUUCCGUUAUUUAUUUUAAAUAAAUUUGCACACAAAAAAUCUAACCGGUUUUUGCUUUGUCAUUAUGUAUUGUGUGUAGAUUGAGGGGGGAAAAACGAUUUUAAUUAAUUUUAGUAUAAGGCUGUAACGUAAUAAUGUGGAAAACGUCAAGGGGUCUGAAUACUUUCCGAAUGCACUGUAAGUUUGUUUUAGAACAUUUCUCCGGCACCAGAGCUGACCUUUAACCCCUGUGUGUGUGUUGUAGGUGGUGAUGGGAGGAGGUCAAGAGGCCAUGGAUGUUACCACCACCUCCACCAGGAUCGGCAAGUUCGAGGCCAGGUUCUUCCACGCAGCUUACGAAGAGGAGUUUGGCAGGGUCAAGGGUCACUUCGGACCCAUCAACUGUGUAGCGUUCCACCCAGACGGCAAGAGGUAAGAUCCAAAAGGCACCAAAGAAUAGAAGACUACCCGUCUAAGUGUAGCACACGGGAUGUGUAAAACUCAGUCCUCCUGGAUAGCUAGCGGUUCUGUGGUGCGGCUGGUAAGGCCCUUCGGGAGGACGGUCGCGUGUGUUUGCAAGGCAGAGGUUCUGGGUUUGAGCUGAACCAGGAGGAAGUGGUACUCCGUAAGCAAGCAGUACAACAUCCGUUACAAGAUUUUACAUUUUAGUCAUUUAGCAGACGCUCUUAUCCAGAGCGACUUACAUGAGCAAUUAGGGUUAAGUGCCUUGCUCAAGGGCACAUCGACAGAGUUUUCACCUAGUCGGCUCGGGGAUUAGAACCAGCGACCUUUCGGUUACUGGCACAACGCUCUUAACCACUAAGCUACCUGCCGCCCUACGUGAAGAUGGAGAUUAGUUGGUGUUUAAUACUUAGACCUGAAAUCUACAUUUACUUGGUUAUCGUUACCUAAAUGGUGAUCGCUCUCAAUGUUUGCAAGUAACAGUUUUGGGGUCAAUUUAAUUGAUUUUGGAACUGAAUAAUUUAAUAUCGAUCUGAACCAGUUGUCCAACGUGUCUCUGUGUAACUGAACCUCUCUCUCCUCUUUAGCUACUCCAGUGGAAGUGAGGACGGCUACACUAGGAUCCAUCACUUUGACCCCCAAUACUUUGACUUCGAGCUGGAGGUGUAAACGGAAGAGCAGCAGCGAGACUCCCCUCUAUCAACAUCAAGUCAUCUAUCUUCUCAGCUGAUAACAGUAGUAAUACCACACAGGCUAUACUCAGGAAGACUUCUACAGACUGGGUAAAGGACACCAGGGGUGCAUCUCAAGUCUGCCAUAGCGUCCUCUCUCUUUGUCUUCUGUAUCUGUACUGAUCUGAGAACUCCGGAUAGGCGAUGGGAGGUGGAUGACUACCUGGAAUCAUUUGUCAGUUGUGGAUUUAAAAACGGGUGAUUGAGGAAAGGAGGCCACUGAAGACUAUUGAGAUGCACCCUUAGUGAUGGGGUAAUUUAGGCCUCAGAAU